ACGCGCAUUGGCCACCGUAUUCUUCUCUUACGCGGCAUCAGCACGACUUUCUUCAUCAAAAACCCCUUUCCUCUCUUUCUCCUCUCUCUGUCUCUCCCUCUCUCGCUUUCUCUACCCAACACUUACCUCUCUUUCUUCCUUCUCUCUUCACAACAGCAGCAGCAGAGAAUCAAAAGAGAGAGAGAAGACGAAGAUAUUACAGAGAAGAGAAGAUGUUGCAUUCAUGUUUGAGGCCGCUGACCAGGUGCUUCGGCCGCAGAGGAGGAGAUACGCUCCUCUGGCAUAUGGACUUGAAGCCUCAUGCCUCUGGAGAUUUCUCCAUCGCCGUAGUACAAGCCAAUUCCUCGCUCGAGGACCAAUCCCAGGUCUUCACUUCUCCCGUCGCUACCUACAUCGGCAUCUACGAUGGCCAUGGUGGCCCUGAAGCCUCUCGUUUCAUCAACGGUCAUCUUUUCCCAUACCUUCACAAGUUUGUUUCUGAGCAAGGGGGUUUAUCGGUGGAUGUUAUCAAGAAGGCGUUCGAUGCGACGGAGGAGGAAUUCUUGCAUUUGGUUAAAAGAUCGUGGCCUACCCGGCCACAGAUUGCCUUGGUUGGGUCUUGUUGCUUGGUGGGGGCGAUAACUAAAGAUGUUUUGUAUGUGGCCAAUUUGGGUGACUCGCGGGCGGUUCUAGGGAGGCAGGCCAUGGAUGGCGGCCAUAGUCAACAUGUGGUAGCGGAGCGGCUUUCAAGGGAUCAUAACGUUGCUGAGGAGGACGUGAGGAAGGAGCUUGAAGAGUUGCAUCCAGACGAUGCGCAUAUUGUUGUACAUACACGGGGGGUUUGGCGAAUUAAGGGGAUAAUUCAGGUGUCGAGAUCUAUUGGAGAUGUAUAUCUGAAGAAGCCAGAGUUCAGUAGGGACCCACUAUUCCAGCAGUUCGGCUCUCCCGUCCCUCUGAAGCGGCCGGUGAUGACUGCAGAGCCAUCAAUAAUAGUCCGAAAGCUCAGGCCUCAAGACCUAUUUUUGAUAUUCGCAUCUGAUGGCCUAUGGGAGCAACUAAGUGAUGAAGCGGCGGUAGAGAUUGUCUUCAAGAACCCAAGAGCGGGAAUAGCAAAGCGUUUGGUACGAGCUGCUCUCAAUGAGGCCGCAAAGAAAAGGGAAAUGAGAUACGAUGACAUCAAGAGGAUCGAGAAGGGUAUACGGCGACAUUUCCAUGAUGACAUCACCGUGAUUGUUAUCUAUCUUGAUCACCACCAAGGGUCCUCUAGAUUCAAGGGGAAUAGCACUUUUGACUGCACGAGUGCACCUGUAGACAUCUUCUCCUACAAUGCAGAUGAAUCGGAGGACGCUCUUCACCCCAUGUCCUAAAAUGGUUGCCUUGUGCUGAGGGCACGCCUGAGUCCCCGACUACUUGUGAAUAAAAAAAAAGAAAAAGAAUGUGUUAGUGAUAUUUACACGUAUAUAGAUCAAAUGUGUCAGUGAUAUGUAAGAAGACAUGAAGCUCCAUGCGAGGAGAUGGGUUUUGAAUAAUGAUCUGCGAGAUGAUGGUGUAAAUACAUGGGGCGUAGAGGGAUGAUGCUGAUUCAUGGAGGCUUUGCCAUGAGUACCCUUUUUCGGACCAUCAAAAAAGAGUUACCUUUGGUCCCUUUGAAGUGUAGUUUCUCUUUAUUUUUUUUCCUUAAAUUUUUUUUUUUUUUUUCACUUUCCUUUUAGUCAAACAGGUUCUUCGAUCUGAUGUUCGUGUGUCAAAGACAGGUAUUAGCAUGGAAAAAUGAUGAAUUGCAAUCCCCAAGGGUACCAUUUUUCUAGUUUUCAUAUACAGGGAUGUGAAGGUGGUUGUUUC